AUGGAGAGGAAGUUGGAGAUUAGCUACAGCGCAAUGAAUCAGCUGAAGUUAGAGAAGAAGCUCUGUGACAUUCUCAUCAAAGUUGAUGGUGCCGAGUUCCACGCGCACAAGAUCAUCCUGUGUGCCUGCAGCACAUACUUCACGACUCUGUUCACCAACAGCUGCUACCCUCCAGAUAAGCACGAGUACUUCAUCCCUGACAUUUCCUCUGAGAUGAUGGAGCUGAUCAUCGAGUACGCGUACACACAUCAUGCUAACAUCACGGAGGAAAAUGUGCAUGAGCUGCUGAUCACUGCUGAUUAUCUGGCAGUGAGCAGCCUGAUGAAUGAGUGCUGCAUGUUCCUCAAGGCUCAGCUGUGUCUGGAGAACUGCAUUGGCAUCUGGUGUUUCGCUCACCUUUACCUCUUUGAGAAGUUGAAGCAGGAGGCCUUCCAGUUUAUCUUAGACAACUUUGAGGAGAUGGUGCACGUCUCUGAGGAAUUCCUGGAGCUGACGGUUGAGCAGCUCAGUGAGAUCAUCGAGAAUGACAAGCUGAAUGUGAAAGAGGAGAAUGUAGUGUUUGAGACCAUCUUACAGUGGAUCAGACACGCGCCACAGGAUCGGAACACACACAUGGGAGUGUUACUGCCCAAGGUGUGUAUGGCACUACUGACGCACGGUUACUUUAUGGACAACGUUUUGAACAAUGCUUUAGUGAAAGACAAUGCAGCAUGUAAGCCGAUCAUCAUCAGAGCUCUGAACAGCAUCAAUAGGCUCAACAUGAACAAAUCUUUUGGCUCUGAAUUCAUACGUUGUCGCCUAAAGGAGAGAUAUGUGUGUGAGAAAUGA